GCACUGCCUGGCUCUCCAGUCCCCACCAUGAAGAUCCAGUUUGCCCCUACCAACCUGCCCUUAAGCAGAAGACUGCAGACAGCCUCCGUUCUACAGUGGGUCUUCUCCUUUCUGGGCCUAGCUCCAAGCUGCAUCAUGCUGUUCUUUGUGUUGAUGUUCACUCGGUUCUGGCUGAUCAGCGUGCUGUACGCCUGCUGGUGGUUCGUCGACUGGGAAACACCGUCUAAGGGAGGCAACAGGGUUCACUUCCUGUCCAACCUACGUGUCUGGGACUACAUGAGGGACUACUUCCCUGUAAAGCUGGUGAAGACAGCAGACUUGGACCCCAGGCAGAACUACAUCUUUGGUUUUCAUCCCCAUGGGAUCCUGGUGGCUGGAGCCUUCACUAACUUCUGCACGUACGCUACAGGCUUCAGGAAACUGUUCCCUGGCCUGGACAGCUUCCUGCUGAUGCUACCUCUCUGGUUCAGAGUCCCCUUCUUCAGAGACUACAUCAUGAUGGCAGGUCUGAUUCCCUCGGACAAGGGGAGUGCCAGCUAUCUGUUACGUCGACAGGGAGGUGGGAAUGCCGUUGUUAUAGCAGUGGGAGGAGCCCCCGAGGCCCUGGACGCACGCCCUGGCGCCUUCACCAUUCUCUUAGCCAAUAAGAAGGGCUUCGUCAAACUGGCAAUGGAACAUGGUGCCCAUCUGGUGCCGGUCUUCUCCUUCGGGGAGAAUGAGUUGUUCGACCAGGUGGAGAACCCUCGAGGCACCUGGCUCCGCUCGAUUCAGGACAAGCUGCAAAGCAUCAUGGGUAUCUCUCUGCCCCUCUUCCAUGCGCGGGGCGUUUUCCAGUACAGCUUUGGUAUCAUGCCCUACAGGAAGCCCAUCAACACUGUGGUGGGUCGGCCAAUCAGAGUGGAGAAGAAUGAGAAGGCAACAGUGGAGGAGCUGGACGCCCUCCAUCAGCUCUACACAGAAGAACUCAGCCAGCUGUUUGAGGAGCACAAGGGCAAGUAUGGAGUGCCAGAGGACCAACACCUCAGCUUUGUCUGAAGAAAGAGAGAGAGAGAGAGAGAGAGAGAGAGAGAGAGAGAGAGAGAGAGAGAGAGAGAGAGAGAGAGAGAGAGAGAGAGAGAGAGAGAGAGAGAUUCAAAACCACCUUUGGAGUUGCCCCACCAAGUCGGUACACUUUCCUCAACCAACUGAAGGAUCCAGACCAAACUACAGGAGACAAGUAACACAAUGAAUUGAUAUGGACAUUCUUUUUCAAGAUAUGGAACAAUCUUCAUAAAAACCAUUGUAUUAUGUAUGUGCCCAUCCCACACUUAUUUAUCAUCUUUAUAAAAACGUAAUGUCUGCAGAUAUUGUGCCAAAUUAUGUAUUUUUUUAACUGUAGCUCAGUUGGUAGAGCAUGGCGCUUGCAACGCCAGGGUUGUGGGUUCGU